ACAGAGAUGGAGUGGAGCCGUCACGGCGCGUUUACUGGUCCGUGCUCCGACCCCGAUCUAUACAAGACUGUGGAGCAAGAAGAAUUGCGGGUAGCCAAAACGGCGCCCAGGUCACUUCAUCCGGUCAAUAGGUUCUACAACGUGCCCUUCUGCUACAGUCUGGCGGCGAUACUGUUCUUGGUCACUUUUGGUAUCCAUCGCUGACCGAGUGCUGGAUUUGCGACUCAACAUUCUCGACCGGUCUCCAGCUGCAAAUACGAAUCAUGAGCCGCCAUGAAAGCAAGUGAAUCCAGUUUGCCAUCAUUCCCUUCCAUUUCGGAUCAAGGAUUUGUAGAGGCAUGUAUGCAGCUGGUUGGUAUAUAUCAGUCACACGGUGAAUUUCAAUCAUCAUGGACGAAAGUCCAACUCGACAAGGUCGACUCUGUCACUUUCAUGACCAUCCAGCGUGAUAUUGAAGUAGAUCGGAAUGUGAUAGAUGCGGAUGAGCUCGUCGACGAUGAGUUUCACGAGCAUGAUGAUCACUCGAUAGUCAAGACCGAUGGGCCAACUGUCCGGGCGCGAUUUACCAUCAUUCGGUCGCCAACGUAUCAAGUCCCUGUACUGUAUUUUGAUCUGUUAGACCAGCAUUCGAAACCGGUGACGGACAUAGCCGACGUUUAUCGUAUCCUGGUGCCAGAGAUUCACAGGUGUCAAAUCAACAGCAUAGGUGUGAUCGGAGCCAUAUCCAUGACGAGUCAUCCAAUCACCGACCGACCGACUUUCUUUGUUCAUCCUUGCAGGACGGCAGAAGCUUUAAGCAACGUUGUCAGUAAUCGACCGUAUAGAACGCUAGAUUACUUAAUGCUGUGGUUUGGAAUCGUCGGAAGCACCUUGGGUUUGUCUAUACCCGUUGAGCUCUUGAAUGCGAGCAAUACAGCAUGAGAAUGAAGAAUCCAGGGGCUUCAAUACGGGCAAAAUUCUAGUAUGCAUCAUCUAUACUCCUC